AUGACUGUACGGGGAGGCCCGUCGUUGCUGGUGCCCGGUGAAAAUAUCUUCCCGCCGCUGCCUAUCCCAUGGCGCUUCGCGCGGACGGAUGUGACGGUGCACGACUCGUGGGAUGAGGAGCCCGACCCGGACAUUUUCUACCUCAAGCGCCCGUGGGUGAACGCCUACGACCCCGACUUGCCCGCCAACGAUGUGGCCGUCUGGUUCGCCAUGGAGAUAAAGAACAUGGAGCAGCUCGAUAGACACGACCCCCACCCCAACCUAGUGCGCUAUCACGGCUGCCGCGUACGCAAGGGCAGAGUCACCGGCCUCAUGCUCGGCCGCGUGCCCGGCGAAACCCUCUUGGACUACGUCAAUGAAGGCAGGAUCAUUAAGGAUAAACUGGCCUUCCUAGAGGCCUGGGGCUCUGCCGUAAAACACCUCCACGAUGUCGCCGGCCUCGUACACAACGACAUCCAUCCCUCCAACACCAUGAUCAGUCCCGACGGAACCACCCCGACUCUAAUUGACUUGGGAUCAGCCUUGCCGGAUGGCGAAGAGAUGCUGCAGUGCUUGCCGUGA